CGAAUGACAGACCGUAGAAAGAUGGCGGGUGGCAAGAGCAAAUGCCUUGGCACUCGUUCAUCUAAUAAUCGUUUCUGGUGCCUGUCCGUUCGAGGACCAGUGUUCAUUUUUAUCUGGGUCCUGUUAGCCGAGCCCGGACGAGCCACCACCCACUGGGUGGUGACGGAGGACGGCAAAAUUCAACAGCAGGUGGACUCCCCUCUAAACUUGAAACACCCCCAUCAUUUAGUUCUUUUCAUGCAGCAAGAGACUCGUGUGAACUACCUCAAGAAGUUAGAGAAGCAGCUAGUUGCUCAGAAAAUCCACAUAGAAGAGAACGAAGACCGGGAUACUGGUUUAGAGCAGCGGCACUAUAAAGAAGAUGCUGACUGUGUCACAGCUAAAGUUCCACUUGGAGACUUGGACCUCUAUGAUGGCACUUUUAUAUCCCUGGAGAGCAAAGAUAUAAAUCCAGUGGAUUAUUUGGAUCAAAUGUCACCUCUUCCUCCAGACCUGGAAAAACCUGACUGUGCAAAAAUUACAGACCUUCCUUACAGCAUUCAUGCAUUUCAGCACCUCAGGGGUGUACAAGAGAAGGUAAACCUCACAUCACCCUUGCUUUCAAAGGAUGACCCAAUCUUCACCUCUCUGUCUCUUAAACUGGGUCAGAGCUUGGACGAGGUUGGGCAUCGGAUACAUCAGGCCUUGAUGAGAAACUCCUCUUCAUGGGUGCUUUACAACCUGGCAUCAUUUUACUGGCGGGUGAAGAAUGAACCGAGGCAAGCUGUGGACUGUGUGGUCCGCGCCCUCCAUUUUUCUCCAAGACAGUACAAAGACAUUGCUUUUGUCAAUAUGGCAAACAUACUUCACAGAGCACACUUCUCAGCUGACGCUGCUAUCCUUGCGCAUGCUGCUCUGGAUCUCACCGCAGAUCUGCUAACCAGCCAUUAUACCCUGGGCAACAUUUACGCUAUGUUGGGGGAGUAUAAUCACUCAGUGCUGUGCUAUGAACAGGCCCUGCAGGCUCAGCCAGGCUUUGAGCAAGCCCUAAGGAGGAAACAUGCUGUCCUCUGUCAGCAGAAGCUGGAGCAGCGGCUUGAGGCUCAACACCGGUCUUUGCAGCGUACUCUGAAUGAACUGAAGGAGUACCAGAAGCAACAUGAUAAUUACCUGCGACAGCAGGAGAUGCUGGACAAACACAAACUCAUUCAAGAGGAGCAGAUCCUACGAAACAUCAUUCACGAAACCCAGAUGGCUAAAGAAGCACAACUAGGAAACCACCAAAUGUGUCACAUGGGCCAGCAGAAGUCCACCCUGCACUGCCCUUUUGACUUGCCUGUACGAUAUCACCGUGGAGAACUGUUUGAAAAUGUCCACUACAUUCAGUUUGGCGAGGAGGUUUCCAUAGCCAGCAGUGUUGCUCUUGUGUCUGAAUUGAGUGUGAAUGAUAGUCACAGUCCUCUGCAGUCCUACACCAUGUCCUUAGGACGUGAACCUGCAGCCCACUGGGACAAGGAGACCACCUCCUCUGAUGAGAGUCAGAGAGUGCUGUGGCCAAAGAGGUCAGACUGUGCACAGCAAUUCUCAACGGUUCCCCCUGCUCACCUACUGCCCACCUAUUACCUGUCUCCUGAGUCCCGCAACUUUAAGGCUUUGAAUAUCCUCUUGGACAACAAAAGUCCCCCACCACCAGCAAAAACUCUGGACUGCAGCUUUAAGACUCAUGGCACUGCUGAAGACCCUCUGGCCUCUGUGGUCUGGGCUUUAGAAAAGGAGCUGCCUGAUCCACAUGCUUCAGAGGUGCUGCUGAAACGCAGUGGUGGAAAGAGUUUGGAGCAAACUGGAGCACUGAUCGCUCAGGCUCUGGACAAGAUGAGUGGCCCACAGUGGUUGAUGCAGAAUGAGGCAGGUCUUUUCUGGCGUGCCAAAGGAAAUGGAACACAAGCUUUUGUGUGCCUGCGUCAGGCGCUGCAUUCUGCUCCUCCCCAGCACAGAGACAUGCCGCUGGUCAACACCGCUAACCUGCUGCUGCACUACGGCCUGCAUGAUGAGGCCUAUGAGCUGCUGCAACAGGCCCUGCAGAUCAACCACUCUGAGCCUCACACUUUGUUAAGUUUGGUCAGUGUUCACAUCUCUCAGGGAAACCUGUCUGGUGCCCUGACUGUGUUUCGUCAUGCCCUGACCCUCACAGUUCGCUGUCCCCAGUGUCGUGCCAGCCUGCCACUAAUGCGCUGCAUCCAGUUCUAUCCCUUCCUCUACAAUCUCCAGCACCAGGCCUGCCUGUCUGGCUCUGGCUGUGAGGCAGAGGAAGACUCUGAGCUGGAGGACUGGGACUUGGGGAACAGUAACAAGCAGGAGGCCUGGGACAGUGAUGCCAUGCCUGUGUCUGCUUUAGAAGACUCACUCCUUUUUGAGAAGGUGGUGGUGGACAGCAACGGCUCUGGGGAGGCAGGUUGGCAGGAGAGAGGCAGAGAUCAGAAGACAGAGGGGGUGGAGGUAGAGGAGCAGGACUGGCAGCUGAGAGAGGAGCUGAUUGGCGCAUUCGAGGGGGCUCUAGACAUGAAUGGAAAGACAGGGGACCUGCGGGGCAUUCGCGUGCUGAAAAACGAUAGGGUCAUGGGGGCGAAAAGUGGAGGACCCUGCUUCGGCAACUGUGAGGAUGAUGAGGGAGCUGAAUGGAUCACAUUCCAGGUGAAACGACUGAAAAAGCCCAAAACUGAUACCUCCGAGAGCUGGGUGGGAAAAGAUGUUCGGCAGGGUGAACCAUCUGCAAGCAACUCUAUCUUGGAGAUCAGUGGGCCCACAAUCCCCUCUCCUGGACCCUCAGAGAGAUGGAAGGAUUACAGCAGUCUUGGUUGGCCUGGUCCCGAAGAAUGUCAACGCACACGUCGUGUAGACCUCACUACUGUGGCCAGUACCUGGCUCGCUGUGUCAGCCAAGAACAUAGAUAUUACAGAGCAUAUAGACUUUUCUACUCCACUUCAAGAGCCUGCGGUGGAACCAGUCUGUAAUGCAAACCUCCCUGCAAGUAUGCACACUCUAGACCAUCUGAGUGGAGUGGCCAACCGCGGAGGCAUCCAUUACACCGGAGAGAGUCAGCUGAGAGAGGUUUUGCAGAAUCUGGGAAAAGAUAAAUUUACAACACAGUCUUUUGAGCAAGUGGGAACACGUAUUGCAAAGGUGUUGGAAAAGAAUCAGACCUCCUGGGUUCUGUCUAGUAUGGCAGCGUUGUACUGGAGGGUUAAAGGGCAGGGAAAGAGAGCCAUCGACUGCCUCCGUCAGGCUCUAAACUACGCUCCUCACCACAUGAAGGAUGUGCCCCUCAUCAGUCUUGCCAAUAUCUUCCAAAAUGCACGGCUAUGGGAGGAUGCCCUGACAGUGGCGAGCAUGGCAGUGGAAAUUGCUCCUCACUUUGUGGUCAACCAUUUUACUCUGGCAAAUGUCUACAUAGCCAUGGAGGAGUUUGAGAGAGCCAUGCAGUGGUACGAGUCAACUCUAAAACUCCAGCCAGAGUUUGGACCAGCCAAAGACCGUCUGCUCACCAUCCAGUGCUACCUCCUCUCCAAGAGGGACCGGCGAGUUCCCUGAGGACACACAAACAUGACAUGGAAAUGCUCCUUAAGCUUAGCUAUCAGUAAGGAACAAGGUGUUUGUCUGUUUGUUGUCUUAAUUUCAUAAAUAUAAACUAUGUCAUUAAUGUCUAUAAUGUUGGGUUUCAGUUGAUCUAUGAAAUACGGUUACCCUUUUUUCCCGAUCAUGAAGAGAAUUUUAUGAUGAUGUUUUAUGGCUUAAGGGAUGUUUUUUUUUAAUUUAUUUAUUUUUUUAGAAAACAUCUUGAUAUUUUAAGGAAUAUUAUGGCUGGUAAUUCAAAAAGGGUCAGUUAAAUUCUGCAUGUGAUUUCAGUGUGGCUGACAUUGAAUGUAUCAGAUUGAACCUUUUGCUUUUUCAGCAAUAGCUGCUAGGUCUAUGCAUAAUGAGUGUCUCAGGAUUGUAUCAUUGAGAACACAAACUGUUAAAAGAAACCCUACUGCUUUACACAUACAUUCUCAUACUAAUGGUAAUAAUUAAUUAUAGUUGGCUAUCACUUACACUCUUAUGCUCUGAUGAUUUCUUUGUAUCUGCAAUCAAAGCAGGCUCCAGCAUAUUAUCCUUCCUCCUGUUGCUUUUUGUUAGCUAAAAAUAUCAAAUACUGCAAACAUGUAUGGGGGACAGUUUCCAAUCAUGGUGUAUUGUACUUUAAAAACAUAGUUGCUAUUGCUAACUUCAAAUAAAUCCUAAACAUACAGGCUGUAGACAGGGACAUUGCAAGUAUUUAAAUUGAACAAACGAUCAUCAAAAUGUGUUUUGAAUUGUGUUAACUUGAUUUUUUUCCCUUCUUUUUCAUAUUUGAAAUCAGAUUUUUAAUGAAGAGAAAAUGCAUAAUGUUGCUUGAAGCGAAACACUGUUCCAUUUGCUUUACUUUUCACAGCUGAACUGUUGACUUAAAAUAUCAAGAUCUAAGAUCUGUUCUGUAUUGUUCUAUUUGUAAUACUUAGGAACAUUUUUGGUGUCCAUAGUCUAUUUACAAACAUACAAGUUCCUCAGAAAUUAAAGUGGACAUGAGGUGUUGAAAGAAAGAAAAUUAUUUUCCCAAAUUUAACUUGAAUCACAAAUGUAAAGUGUUAAAGACAACAUUGGUUAUUUUUUACUCAACAGUGUGAACGAGUCACUUCAAGAAAUCUUUGACUUGGUCAACCAACAUACUUUAUGAAUAAAACUGUGAUG